CUACGAUUUGCUUUUCCCUUUAUUUCUUCGUUGCUGUUCUUCUUCGGCUACUUCGUCGAUGUUCAACUUCGUCGCUGUUCGACUUCGCUCCUGAAGGCAUUCGCUUCCUGUUGGAUCGGAAGUUAUGACAUUUUGAUCGGAAGCCAAGACGGGAGCUCGCUCGCUGCGAAGACCGUUUGGCUGGAUUUCGCACAAAUCCACCUCAAAUCGCAUAAAUCCUGCUACCAAACAGCUCCUCAAGGUUCUUGCUCGCCGGAGAACUCAUCUCCAUGAGGAGUUCCAACUAAGAUGGCUGGUAAACUACCUUCCAUAUCCUUAUGCUCCUUGCAUCGCACCACCCUCGCAGCUGCUGGCCUAAUCUUGCUAUGUUUUUCCUUCUUUUCCAUCAGUUCCCUCCGAUCUCCCCUUCAAACUCAAAACCAGUACAAUUCUCACCCCACCUUCCCCAAUGCUCGAGCUGAUAACCUUAAUCCAUCCUUUGAUGGAUCUGAUUUGGUGUCUUCUUCGUCAAUCUACCACUCUCCGAAGAUUUUCAGCGCGAGCUACGCCGAGAUGGUGAGAAGAUUUAAGGUUUAUAUUUAUCCCGACGGCGAUCCGAAUACCUAUUAUCAGACUCCGAGGAAGAUCACGGGGAAGUACGCGAGUGAAGGAUAUUUCUUUCAGAAUAUACGGGAGAGUAGAUUUCGUACUGAGGAUCCUGAUCAGGCCGAUCUUUUCUUCAUCCCCAUUUCCUGUCACAAGAUGAGGGGAAAGGGCAUAUCGUAUGAAAAUAUGACUGUUAUAGUUCAGGAUUAUGUUGAAGGGUUGAUCAGGAAAUACCCUUAUUGGAAUAGGACCUUAGGUGCUGACCAUUUUCUUGUUACAUGCCACGAUGUUGGUGUUAGAGCGUUUGAAGGACUGCCCUCUCUUAUUAAAAAUUCUAUUAGAGUUGUUUGUUCCCCGAGUUAUAAUGUUGGAUAUAUACCGCACAAGGAUGUUGCCCUUCCUCAAGUGCUGCAGCCAUUCCCCUUGCCACCUGGAGGAAAUGAUAUCGUGAACAGGACAAUCCUUGGAUUUUGGGCUGGCCAUCGCAAUUCCAAGAUAAGAGUUAUACUUGCACGUGUAUGGGAAAAUGACACAGAACUUGCCAUCAGUAAUAACCGUAUAAGCAGAGCUACCGGGGAGCUGGUUUAUCAAAAACAGUUCUACAGGUGUAAGUUCUGCAUAUGUCCUGGUGGUUCUCAGGUUAAUAGCGCUCGGAUAACUGACUCCAUUCACUACGGUUGUGUUCCGGUUAUCCUUUCUGAUUAUUACGAUCUACCCUUCAAUGAUAUCCUGGACUGGAAGAAGUUCUCCCUUAUUGUUAAAGAGAAAGAUGUUUACCAGCUUAAGACUAUACUCAAGUCUGUAGCAGACGAAGGAUUUAUUGCAUUGCACAUGGGACUUGUUGAGGCCCAGAAACAUUUUGAGUGGCACUCUCCUCCCCUCCCUUUUGACGCAUUCCACAUGGUAAUGCAUGAGCUAUGGUUGCGCCAUCAUGUUAUUAAGUACUAAUUUUAGAAUAGAAGAAGGAUUCCCAAAGGCAGGUUGUCAACAAUUUCCAGCAUAGCAUCCAUCCAUCUACAGCCACAUGUUUCGGCGUAGAAAUCCAGCGAGUUGAUUCCGGCGAGCCCGUCGAUCUUCAAUUCCUUGUUUGUGCGAGUGUUUGCUUGCUGGCAGCGGGAGCCGAGUGUAUGGUUGACAACCAUACGGUCGGUUCCCGCUACCACAAGAAAACACUCGCACUGGUUGGCCUAAAUGCACGAAUCUUACAAAAGAACAAAGGUGGUAGCAACAGCAUGUGAAAAACUAGGUAGAUAUCCAGUAUUUGUGAUCUGAUGUAUGGCCGGGUAGAUCAAGUUUCUUACGCUUUUUUACUUUGCAGCGUUCUUUAUGUUUUUUUCUAUGUGAACAAAAACCAUAACAUAAGCUUCUCAAAACA